AUGAAUAUAAAAUAUAUAACAAAAAAACAUAAUAAAAAUUAUAAUUCGAUUGUAGUUUGUGUAUCUUUUAAAAUGAAUAAUAUAUUCAUAUCGAUAAGUAAAAUUAUUAAAUUUAUGGGACUUUUUUCUUUUAGUAGAUUGUUAAAAUCAUACUCAUGUGGGUUAUGCAAUUUUAAAAAUAAAAAUAAAAAUUCUAUUAAAGUUUAUAACAUUAUUUCACGAAAAUUAAAAGCUUUUUUAAUACAUAAUAAUUUUAAAAAAAUAAAUCUAAUAUUUAAAAGUAAUAAAAGAAUAAAAUAUAUUUUUUUAAAUAUAUUAUUAAAUACUAUCUAUGCUGAUAAACUUAUCAAAAUAAGUAGUAUUUAUGUAAGUAUAUCUAUACCACAUAACGGAUGCAAAUUAAAAAAACGUAGAUUUUUAUAA